UUCAGGGGUAACAUCCUCGUGUACUGGUGCAUUGGAAAACUUUUCAACGAUUUUUAAUUCAAAUUGUCCAAAAGAGCGAGGAAAAAUGACGUCCCGGACAAAAUGGUGUGGCCGCGGAGUAUAAUUUUACACAAGAUCGAAAAAUUUAACGGGCCCCUUUUCGGGCAUUCGGAUGUUUGACAUUGACGGAUUCUCGGUGUUAUUAAAACCCCGUUGCCAUGGUAAAACCAAAAAAAUUUAUCGAUUUUAGAUCGCAACGUCUUUGAUUGUUUGUUUCUCGAUUUUGACGUGAGAUGGGGCUGUCGAAAACAGAAACGUCAAACUCAAAGCAAAAUUAACAGUUACAAAAAUGUUUGCGUUGGCGAAAUCUCGAAUUUACGAGUUGAGGCGGCAAUUUCUCCAGCAGAGGUUGAGUAAUUACGCGAAAAGGGGUGACGGGAAAACGAGCCGAAUUAAGCCUUGCGCGAGGAGCGAGGCGCUUACACACCGGAGGAGGAGGGAAAUUUCGACCCAAAAGGCGUAUAUUAAACCGAAAAAUGAGGUUGAGGCGAAUCAAAUGAAUCAUUACACCAUUAAUAUUUAUGUUAACGCCGUUUCGAGCGAUCAAAUUAACGCGGGGUUUCCCCGGGAGGUCUCGGCGAUGAUCCCGAUGGAUUUUAGCGUCGAUAAGUUGACGAAAAAUAUCCCAGUUAUCGAGGGGUUGCUUAAAGAUAAGGAUUUGGAGAAGGAUAAGGAGGUAAUUGAGGAGAAAAUGAAGGAUUUUUGGAUAAAUGUGCUUGAAAGUGGCAAAGAUGAGGAGGAGAAGGCGAAAAGUGAUGAGGUGGAGGUUAAAGAGUUGGAGGCGAAAAUCGGGUUAAAAAAUACCUUUGAUUUUAAUAAGAUUAAAACUUACGGUGAUUAUUUGGAGAAUGGGGAAGCUCUGCGAGUUGAUAAAGACUUAAAGCUACCCCCUGCGGACGAAUUAAAGUUUGAGAAAGGUUUGGAGGACGAUCCUGAGGAUAAAAACGUUUUAAAAGCCCCCGUUCCGUUUUACGAGCGGGGUAGUUAUGACUCGAGGAGCGUUAGGCCCAAAAAAAUCAUCUCCUCAGCGGGGCAAGUCAGGAGGAAGUUGUCUAAAGAGGCGGAGGAAACGAAUAAGCAAGUUGAGUCGCUUUUAAAACUUUCAACGCAAACAAAUUUGAGUCAAGAGGCGAAAGAAAGCGUUUUUGGGAGGGUUUUGAGGUAUUUCAAGAGCAUCAUUUACGGCGAGGAUGAAGUAAAGGAGAAAGAUGAUAAAAAAGAUAAAGAAAUUGACCCCGAAAAGUUGGCGCACGAAAAAUUUUUGGAGCGAAAGCGGCUACAAGAAGAGGAAGCAAAGAGGGUUGAGGAGGAAAAAAGGAUUUUUCAGAGCUAUUUGAGAACUUUCCAGGAGAAAUAUCGCGAAAAUGAGGAGAAUGAAGCGAAACAAAGCGGGUUUUUUAAAAGUUUGAAGGAAAGAUUCCUUAAUAAAAAGAAUAAUGUUAAUAAUGAAUCAAAAAGGAGCUUUUCUACGAACAGUUUUAAUCCCCAUAUUAAUUUAAUUAAUAAACAACCUCCAGAAACUGAUUUGAACGCCCCAAAAUUCUUUUACGACCAAAAAAUUCGCCAAAAUCCGAUAAAAAUAAAGAACAAAACGUUUUUUAAUGAAAAUUACGAAAAUUUUUUAAAAGUCCCCACUCCCAAGAUCAUAUCUAACUCAAAAAAUUUAAAAUUAGAGCGAGAAAAACAAUUAAAAUACGAACAAUUAAAAAAAUUACAAUCAAAAGUCGAUUUUGCUAAAAAGAAUUUAAAAUUAGAAGUAGAAGAAAAACAGUACAUCGCGAAACUUUUAAAACAAAAGCGAAAUUUAAUGAUGAAAACUAAAAAUGAAUACACUUUUGAUCCGUCUGAAAAGUUUGCGAUUAAUUUUGAAGAAAAAACCGAAAAAGAAAUUAAACUAAAAUGCGAGGAUUUAAAAAAAAGUAAAGAAAUCGGGGAGAAUUUAGAGAUGAGAGAGAUUAGGAGAUUAAUUGAGGCGAAAAUGAAUCGGAAAAUUGGAUUAAUCGAGCGAAAAAAUAAUAAUAAACAAACUAUAACGUUUUUUAAACGAAAUUUAUCGUCUAAUGAUUGCCCGACGAGUAAAAAAUUGAUUAAAAGGAAAUCAAUCGGGCCUAAAGAACCGUUAAAAUACGCCCAAUUAAAAAGUAGGAAAGAAAAUGAUUGUGGGGAAGAAAUUUCGUUGAAAAAACCGGAAAUUAUUUCGACGGAAAUUCCUGGGUUGUACGAUACCUCGGGGGAUAAAUCGUAUGAAAGUUAUUUUGGGGUUGGGGGGUAUCGGAAUAAGGAGUUUUAUUCGUAUAAAAAGACGAGUUAUUAUGAUUUAAUGGAUGCGAUGAGUUUAGGAAGGGUGGAGCAGCCAAAAAAUCCUAUUAAACCGAGAUAAUUUUUAUUUAUUUAUGAUUAUUAAUAGAAAUUAAUGAAAUUUUUAGUUAUUUUUAAAUAAAGUGUCGAUCU